UUCAACUAUUAUUGAAUAAACCUGGUUUGGAAGAAAAAAAUUGUAAUCAUCAGCCUGUUAGUAAUCUGAGGUAUGUAUCAAAGCUUGUAGAAGGUGCUGUAUAUACGCAAAUAAUGAAUCAUCUCGACUGCAACUACCUUGUUCCAAGUAAUAAGUCAGUCUACAGGCAGUAUCACAGUACUGAACGACACUGUUAAGAAUUAUGACUCAAGAGUGAUAUUCUCAUGGAUAUGGAUGAUAAGAAAGAAAGUCACCUUAUUACUUUUAUUAGACCUUAGUAGUGCAUUUGAUGCUAUUGAUCAUACUAACCUAUUGCAUGCACUAAAGAAACACUUUGGCAUAAAGGUUUGGUAAUCAUUUAACUGACAGAUGUCAACAAAUCAAAAUUUAUGAAACUGUUUCUGAAAUUUUCUCAGUACCUUUCGGAGUCCCUCAAGGGUAUUCACUCUAUACACAAGUCAACUAAUUACAAAUAUCCAUAGUAAAUUUAGUAAGUAUCUUGCCACUGCUAUGCAGAUGACACACAGGUUUAUUUGUCUUUCACACCAGACUUACUUGCUCAGCAGCAGAGCAUCUCUCUCCUGGAAGAAUGUGUUGAUUACAUACGUGAAUGGAUGCUGCACAAUAAACUUAUGCUAUUAAAAAAAAUGACAGUAAUACAGAAUUGCUAGUUAUCAGUACAUCUAAACAGCUAGAUUUUGACAGGAUAUCAGUUGGCAGUUAAGUCAUAGAACCAAAUUCUAAUGUAAGAAAUCUUGGGAGUAUAUUUUCACUCACAAUUGACUAUGGAAAAAAAAUAUUACAAAUGUGUGUAAAUCGUCAUUUCGUAUGAUAUACAAAAUUGUACAAAAUUACUUUAAUUAUGAAAGUGUGAAAACAAUAUUGUCCAUGCAUGCAUUAUUAGUAAGCUAGAUUAUUGUAACAGUUUGCUGUCUGGGCUCCCAUCGUCUCACAUUGGGCAUCUUCAGCGAGUAAAGAACACAUGUGCACGACUGAUUUGUUGUCAACUUAGAUUUUCCAGGAUCAUCCCUAUCGUAAAAGAUUUGCACUGGCUUCCAGUUCGCCAACGAAUAUCUUUCAAGAUUUUGUUAAUUGUAUACAAGGAACUAAUUAGCCAAGCCCCCAACUAUAUUUCUGAGCUUUUACGACGCAAAGUUCACAGGUCUAUACACACUCAUAACCUGUGCAGUUCUCACGAUAAUUUGCUCCUUCUCAUCCCCACUCGUAACACAAAGAUAACUGUGGGAGAUCGUGCAUUCGUCUGGGAUUUGAACCCACGACCCUCUGUUUCAAAGUCCGAAGACUAAUCCACUGGGCCACAACGCUCCACGCUUAUUUUUUGUCUUUUGAUUACACUAGAAUUUAAUGGUUGUAAUCUUCAAUUUCAUUCUCUGUAAUAUUACUUAACACUUUGUAUGAAAAAUUGACAAAACUUUGCUUGUUUAACUUUUCCAAAUGGCUGCUUAAAAUCGAUUGUCUGGGUAUAGAUAGUAUUUCUUUAUUCUUCCUCAGUAACAACUUGCAAAUACGAUUGUACACUACAUUUUGUUUUGCCAGAACUUUAGAGAGUAGAAAAAUUUGGUGACCAGGAGAAGCACAGCUAGGUCUCUCAGAAGAAUACAUUCUAGAGUAUGAGAUUAGAAAUUUAUUAUUUAUUUGGUUGUUAUCAUGCAGGUUGUAUAAUGGCGAGAGGAGGUGAUCUUGCUCAUAUUGGUCGCCUGAAGGAAGAAGAAGAGAAAGCCUUGUUUGAGACUAAAGACAAAUUACAGCAAUGGCAAAAGUUUGAUGAAGACUAUUCAGCUCUCAAGGCCAGACUGACAACGUUACCUGAAAAAGUUUCACAUGAAGUUAUGGUUCCCUUUGGCAAGUUAGCCUUCAUGCCUGGUCAGUUGAUCCAUACCAAUGAGAUACUCGUUCUCCUUGGUGAUAACUGGUUUGCAGAGCGUUCAGCCACACAAGCCUGUCAGAUCAUCGAUAGGAGGAAAUCAUAUGUACAGAAAAUGAUGAAUGAUCUGAAGAAGCAACAGUAUCUAUUAGAGUCCAGACUUGGCUUUGUAUCUGAAAUGAAACAAACUGUAGAAGGGAAAGGUGAUGUGGUAGAGAUUAGAGAAGAAUAUGAUGAACAGAAAGAAAGAAAAUGGAAAGAGGAAAGGAGGGCCAAGAAGAAAACAUCUUCCAUCUCAGAAAAAUCUGCUGCCAAGCUGUCUUCUGAGAAAGAUGUAAAUGGAAACCAUGGCGAUCAGGAAGGGAAGAAGGAACCCUUUGCAGAAGAUCUUUUAUGGGCGAGAUUAGAUGAGCUGGAAAGACAAGAAGAGGAGCUUGAUGAGAUGGUAAUGACUGAUGAGGAAAAAGAUGAUGAAGAAGAAGAAGAUGAAGAAGAUAAAGAAGAAGAUGAAGACAGUCUUUAUCAAUCCCAACAAGCAACCCCUCAUCAUGAUACUCACAAACAUGUCCACUGGAGAGACCAAGAACCAAGCAUGACCCUAGAUCUUGGUCAAGAGAAUGGUGAUGAUGAAGAUGAUGACGAGGAGGUGGAGGAGGAGGAUCAGAAAUCAAUGCCUGUUAUACGUUUUUCACACACAAAGAUUCCUAAGGAGGACCAUCUGUCAGAAGAAGAAGAGAAAGAUGAAUCCCCAAGAUCUCCAGCAGAUAUUUAUGAGUUGUACCAUGCAAGGAGCAAGGAUGAGGAUAAGAGAAAGACCAAAUCUAUAUUAAAGCAUUCAGAUAUCCAUCAAGCAGUUUCUAUUCCAGGCAUAAAGCAAGAAGAUCAAAAGAGACAACCUUUGCCAGCUCCAGUUUCUGCCUUCACAGGGAGUAUUGUUGAGCACAGCAACCCUUCCCAACCAGUCAUGUUACAACCGACUACUCAAGGUCAAGGUUCAAAGAGAGUGUCAAAGUUCAAAGCAGCUAGACAGGGCAAGAGGUGACCCAGGGUUCAGCAAAUACAAGCCUCACUUUGGAUGAUAUAACAGUAAGAUGUGCAACCACUCUCUGCAACCAAGAGUGAAUGAAGGAUAGAACAGACUGUUAGGGUAAAUGUGAAGAGACCAUGUGAUGUCUAUAUUGAAAGCAGCUUUUCCUUUCAUAGUGAUGAGGAAAAUUACCUUUGCACAGGGAUGGGAAAUAAAGUUUGUAAGUCCAAUUUCAAAGAAAAAAUGAAGUACAGGAGUAUCUCUGAAUGGAUAUAUCUAGAAAGAUGUUGCCUUAACUCAUUACGUGAAUUAGUUCUGGCUUGCAGUAACAAGCCAGGGCCUCUUGACACCCAUACUUUGUUAUAUAUUCAUGAAACACUCAUGAAUAAACAUGUUCUCAUGAAUAGUUAAUGAUCACCCAGCAAAGUGACCAAUGAGAUGUCAUAUAUUAAUGAAUGGUAUAGAACAUCUGAUAGAAAGUUCAUGCCAGGCAUUCAACUUCAUGUGGUCUCUCAGAGACACAAUACUACAGAAAUGGAGUAGUUGAAUGCAACCGACCCCCCCCCCCCCCUGAUUCAUCGCUGUGCAGCAACUUUCCGGGAGCCAGCCUGGUCGAAGUAACAACUGGACAGCUCCAGCCUUACCUCACCACAGAGGACAAUUGAUGCAAGUCAGAUCGCUUCUGAGGCAUUAGACAACACAAAUAGCAAAUAUUAUGUAAUUCAACGUCUUAUUCAAAGAGUUCGGUAUUUAAAGAAGAAAGAGGCACUCUUUGGUGAAAUAAUUUUUAUUUUUUCUCGAAUAACUAUCAUAUUAAAAAACUGUCUCACCCAAACCAUUUUCUGUGAAUGGGCAAAAGUAGAAGGGUCAAUUAUUUGUGUAUGUAUCAUAAAGUAAAACCCUCUUUUUCGUUGUGAUCAUUACCAUUAUUCCAAAUAAAUUUGUACAGUAUACUAUUGAAUCUUAAAAAACAAGCCUGAGGGAUGCUUACACACAAUACUGAAGAUAAAUACAAAAGCUUUGGUAAGAGCAAGAACUUGACAACAGUUACUUUCCCAAUCAGUUAUAAAUUUAUGUCUCCAGCAGUUCAUAACUUCUUCUGUUUGUCUUUAAUUUCACAGGGAAAUUCAAAGAAUAUAUAAGUUUGGUAUAUAAAGAAGAAAUAACACCCAACGUUCUAAUUUUCUUUACUUUUCAUGUCAGACCACUAUCUUGAAAGGGUUCUUCACUACAUUUCUAUAGACAUAUUUAUGCAGCAACCUGAAAACUAGGGGAAAUUUUUAACAGCUCAAAUAAGCUACAAAAAGAAUCUGUUUCACCAUUAAAAAAAAAUGAUGUCAUCAGUGAACAAUGAAAUUUACUUUCCACCUCACCAACCAUGAUAUCUCUAAUAUUCUGGUAUCCCUUACAGCAAUGGCCUAUAUCCCAGUUGAUCCGGAACGGCUUAGUCAGAAAACCAUUGUUAACAAAAUUAGAUCUACAAUUCAAGAAGAUUUUACAAAUUUAGUAAAACUUUCCCCAAGAUUGAAAUAUUCUAAGGACUUAAACAAAUAUGCAUUCUCAAAAUCCAAUAAAAAAGUAUUGAUCCUGGAGUAUUAACAAAAUCAAUAUAUUCAAUAAGAUUAAUAAUAGUGGGAUUAUUUGCCAUAAUGUUGAUCUGAAUGAAUGAGAGAGUUAAUUACGGUUCUUAAUCAAUGACUCAUUUAAACUUAAGCAAUGAAUUUAUAAUCCACAUUAAGGAAAGAAAUUGAAUUGUUACUUAAUUUCUAAAGGGUCCUUUCCUUCUUAUGAUAUUAAAAUCAUUACACAAUUUCUUUGUGACUGGGGCAACAAACCAUUAUAAGAAUCAUUAGCAUAUCAACAAUAUCAUUUUCAAAAUUACAACAUAAAAUUCACUUGGACGGCCAUCCAAACACGAGGUCUGAUUUUGUUAUUGGAGCAUUAAGGAUUUCCCUUUGAGUUUGUAAGGUUUGUGGAAUGUAUAAACCAUCAUGAAAAGAGAAGUGAUCUCACUAUCUUCUGCUGUACAAGCCAGUUUGUAGUUCCAUUUUAUGCAUGAUCAGAACAAGGUUAUUUGUACUCAAAUGGCAUGGUGGUUUGAUAUUCGAUAAGAUAAGCAUCAACUAAAUGUCUUGAUUAUUCAUAUUCUUUUCUUUUGAAUUGUGCUUUUCAUUAAAUCCACUGGAAAACAUCAAUUUCCAUUAAUGACUGGUAUUAUAGCAGCUUGCUAUUCAUUCUAAGUAGAAAGGAACAAAUACCUUAAUAAAUUGUUCAUUGAUGUGCUAUUCUGGUCACCUGUACCUACCACACAGAAACGUUGUUAGCACUAACAGUGCGCUAACAGAGGCCCUGUUACAAUCGGCAAUGUGGCAGUAUACAAAUGAUGCAUGGGUUUGAGUGGGUCAGUAGGAACUGUGUGCACAAGGUAACUUUGGCAUGGUUUAACCCACGAGGCGCAGCCGAGUGGGUUUAGACCAUAAUGCCAAAGUUACCGCGUGCACACAGUUCCACUGACCCACGAAAGAAACCCAUGCAUCAUCUGUUUUAUAGAAUGGAAAAUUUUUAUUGAAUAAAGCACAAAAAUUAAUGAUUUACCGGAUGCAUGAUAAUUUCAUGCGUCCAGUAAAUUCAAUUUACUGGACGCAUGAAAAUAUUUACUGGAAGCAUGAUUUUUUUUACCGGACGCAUGAUUUUUUACCGGAUGCAUGAAAAUUCCAAAAUGUAAUGCAGACCCUUUGAUAACCCUGGAAAACAUAAAUAUGUAUGCCUAACUUGAUAAUAUGUUGGCACAAAGGCAUCAUUAUACCCAAAAUGCCAGAUACAGCUUUGCAUUGACUAGAUCUAUGAGGCAGCCUCAGACCUCCAAUAGCUGUGUGUGUAUGCCCGGGCCGCGCCGGUGGCCAGUGCCUACGGCUGCCUGGGCCCGCAGUGGAGAUUUGGCUGUGCACAGCCAGCCCAGGGCAUGCAGGGCAGUAGAUCUAUAAACGUUAGAUCGUAUGUCUGGACUUCUCAACUAACGAGUAUGCAGGCAGUUUUAAUCCCUAUGACAAUUACGGUAACGUAUUUGUACUUACAGAUCAUUUUGCAUCCUUUAUUUGAUUCAUUCUGCCUUGAUCGAAAAUUCAAAAUUUUGACGUAAACAAGCGUAACAGUACAUGCGCGAUGACAUCACAAUGACCUUUUCGAACGAUAGCUUGUUUACAGUGGAUAUCGUUUUGAUUAUCGGGAUAUCGUUCAUGCAGCCCAGUAAAAAUUCUUGCAUAGCUCUCAACCAAUCAGAUUGCAGGGAUUUUCCCAUCCAUUCUAUAAUGAUGCCUAAUGUUACAACAAUGCAUUACUUACACAUUGAUAUGUUUUGGCUUAACAAUCUGAAAUAUGUGACUGGGCUUACUGUUAGCACUCUGUUUGGCUUACAAAAAACAUUUGUGUGUAGCUGGCAAUGGUCUAUGCAAUUUCUGCAUCCUGCUAUAUCAGAAAUAAUUACGUAAAACCUUGCUUUGAAAUUUGCCUAUCCUAAUGGAAAAAGGGAAGGUCAUUUGAACAAACUUUUCAUUGAGGUAACUACAAACUUGUCUAUUGGAAGAAUAUGAAAAUUCUAAAUAUUCACCUGUAUCUUUCAAAAUGUUAUCAGUAUCUCCUGAAAUGCCACCAUCAUUCAUGUUCAGUCCAUUUUAAUCUUGAUCUCACAGUCAUCCUUGCAGUUUCCUUAUCCAAUAUUUCAUUCAAUUCAUCCUCUAAAUAUUUCUGAUUUAAAGAACAGUUCCUUUAUUUCUACACUAUGCAUACUCCUUUAUACAGACAUCCCCUCUUUAGAUAUUGUAUACAAAAUCCUGCAAUACAACAUUUAGCUGCAUCCCUACUUUAGGAUUUUGGUCUGAAUUCUUGUGAAUUUCCUUAAAAUCCAUUUAUUUUCCUUAAUGAAUUAAUGAAAUUAUCAUUUAAAUAAUUGCAUAAUCACUUCCAAUAAUCCUUUCCAUAGGAAGGGAAGUUGGAGGCAAAAUUCAUAUAUGCGAAUAUAUUAGAAUUUCAAAACUGGCUAAUUAAAUCACUAGAAAAUAAAAAUAUAAUCAAGGUAGAAGAUUCUGCUGCUGCCUUGUGACCGCGUCAACCUGAGUUUUACAGAGGCUGACGAAUUUAUACAUGUGAGCAAUAGGUAUCAACAUAUUCAAAUGAAUGACAAUAGUAACUUAAAACCAUGAAAAAAUAGCACUGGCUCUAAAUAAACAAUGUCAAUGCAUAGAAAAUAGUUCAACUGAUGCCAACAGUGGUGAAAACAACCAGAGUUAUAUGGAGGCUGACAAAUCUCUUUAAUAGAUGUGAUUAAAAAGUAUCAAACAACAACAGUAAGUUAAAACCAUGAAAUGACAUAUAUGAACAUGUAUUCAACAAAGAGCAGUAAUGACAUACUAUAAUUGGGAUGACAAGCAUUGACAAAAUGAUAGACAGAUGUAGCAUUAAAAAUGAAAGUUGAAGAAAUAAAAUUCUCUUAAAGUUUUUAAUAUAUAAUAAUUCUGAAAUAACAAUUACAGUUUAAUGCAUGCAUUGUGGUUGGGCACAGUAUAAUUGCUUCAAAUUGUAGCCAAUGGCAAGAUGAUAUUUGGUAUUGAAAUGUUUAAUACUACAAGGAGGCUACCAGUGACAAUAGCUUGGAAAUUUGAGUUUGAUAUUCCUACCUCUAUACAGGUUUGAAUGGUAAUAAUAUGCUAUUAUUCAUUCAGGUCAUAUCCUUCAGUUAAGUUAUUUUGCGUAUUUGACUGAAUAUCAGCCAAAGAGCUAAGUAUUUGAAUGGCAAGUUCAAUCAGUGAUAGUGAAACUCAGAAUGGGUGAAAUUCCUGCAUAGCCCUCCAUGAAGAAUAGGAAAAUUUUACUGGGCUUCACAUGACAAUUCACUUUAUUAUGCCUCAGUGUUAACAGGGUCAUAAAGCAAAUACACCCAGAAAACAUCAUUGAAUAGAGUGAAAGAGAAAGGGGAGAAGAUGAAGGAAAUAUGAGAAAAGAAUUAAGCCACAGUUUUUGUUUCUCAAUUAGGUUUUGCUCUCAAGUCACUGAAAGGCAUUAUUGAAACAGAGUAAUCAUGAUGAAUAUUUACUUUAUUUUGUCUUGUUUUUGUAUUAAAAUCAUAAAGAAUCAUUGAAUUCA